AUGGGGUGCACAGCUUAGAAGGAUUUACAUAAAAAAACAGAUUUUGAUGAAUAUGCAUAAAAAUUAGAUUGUCAUGAUCAUUAGUUCAAAGGUAUGGUAGCCUUUAAAAGUUUAAAAUAAAAGCAUAUGGUUCAUAACCUUGGAUAGUUAUAAAGUAUAGCUUAUUUAUGAUUAUUUAUAGAGACCUGUUCUCCAAAUCAUUAAUGUUAUUAAGCAUAAGAAAUAGAGGAGAUUUGA